AUGUUGCUAGCAGUAUAUCGAGCAUAUGAAAGAGCUCUAGUAAAAUAUCCAUUUUUAACGCAAGCUUCAAGUGCUGGAGCAUUAGCAGCAAUGGCUGAUAUGUUAACUCAAAAUUUUGUUGAAAAACGUUGGCAAAAAGGGAACUAUAAUCCGGCAAGAACAAUACGUUUUUCUGCUCUCAUUCUUUUCUGGAUUGCUCCUAUAACUUAUCGAUGGUUUUUAUUACUUGAAAAACUGAAAGGUAAAACAAAUUUGCUGCCGUUGAAACGGAUGAUUCUUGAUCAGUCCUUAGCAGCACCGCUAUUUACGUUUAGUUUUAUCACAAAUUUGCAUAUAUUGGAAGGCAAUUCUCCACAUGAUGCAUUGGAAAAAGCAAAGAAAGAUAUUGUUCCAGUUAUGAAAACUAAUUAUAAAGUCUGGCCACUUGCACAACUCAUAAAUUUCUAUUUGUUGCCGCUCCGUUACAGACUUACAUUUGUUCAAUUAAUGGGCCUAUUUUGGAAUAUGUAUUUAUCGUAUGUUACUCAAAUUGAAGUUAAACAGAUAAAUGAAUCAAAAGAACACUCUAGGAAAGAUUAA